AGCCACAGGUACAACGACGAAGGCAUAUUAUUAUUAUUUUAUUUUCCCGCUCCGCAAAUUAAAAUAGAAUCGCCUUGAGUUAACCCUAAUCCCGCCGAGACGAGACGAGACUAAGCCAUCUGCAAGAUGGACCAAAUGCUCAGCCCGAACUUCUCGAUUCCGAGCAUCGGAACGCCGCUCCACCAGAUGGAAGCGGACCAGCAGAUAGUGGCCAAUCCAGUCUACCAUCCGCCGGCGGUUCCACAACCUGAUCCCGUGAUGCCGGCCCCCGGUUCCGGCUCCGUGCAGCAGCAGCAACAACAACAACAGCAGCAGCAGCAGUCGGAUGCCGGCGGAUCCGGUCUCUUUGGCCACGAACCCUCCAUUCCGCUGGCCCACAAGCAGAUGCAGAGCUACCAGCCAUCGGCAUCCUAUCAGCAGCAGCAGCCCGGCGGCGGAGGAACCACACCGCAGUCCAUGAUGCAGCCGCAGACGCCGCAGAGCAUGAUGGCCCACAUGAUGCCCAUGAGCGAGCGCAGUGGCGGCGGCGGAGGCGGCAGCGGCGGCGAUGCCCUGAGCAACAUCCACCAGACAAUGGGCCCCUCCACACCGAUGACUCCGGCCACGCCGGGAUCCGCAGACCCGGGGAUAGUGCCGCAACUGCAGAACAUUGUGUCCACGGUGAAUCUGUGCUGCAAACUGGACCUCAAGAAGAUUGCGCUGCACGCGAGGAAUGCCGAGUACAACCCGAAACGCUUUGCGGCCGUCAUAAUGCGAAUUCGAGAGCCACGGACCACUGCCCUGAUCUUCAGCUCCGGCAAGAUGGUGUGCACGGGGGCCAAGAGCGAGGACGACUCCAGACUGGCGGCCAGGAAGUAUGCGCGCAUCAUACAGAAGCUCGGGUUUCCAGCCAAGUUCCUUGACUUCAAGAUCCAAAACAUGGUCGGUUCCUGCGAUGUCAAGUUCCCCAUCCGCUUGGAAGGCCUGGUGCUCACCCAUUGCAACUUCAGCAGCUACGAACCGGAGCUGUUUCCCGGCCUCAUCUACCGCAUGGUGCGACCCCGCAUCGUGCUGCUCAUCUUCGUGUCCGGCAAGGUGGUGCUCACCGGCGCCAAGGUGCGGCAGGAGAUCUACGAUGCCUUUGACAAGAUAUUUCCCAUAUUGAAAAAGUUCAAGAAGCAGUCAUAAAUAGGAUAGCGCUUUAUUAGUUCUGUACGUGUACGUUUUAAGGUCGGCGGUAGUUCCGGAAGUCUGAAAGGGGAGCAGCAGCUCCGAUCGAGAGAAUAAACAACAAAAUAAGUUAGCUGUACGGGCACAGGCUUUUAUUAUUUUGUUUCCGUUAAU